GACUGACGCGUAUGCGAAGUUCCUCGGACAUUAUCGUUAAAGCUCAUUUUUCAGAAAUUAUAACAGCUGUUCGUGAAAAGUUUAUAAAAUAGCCAAACAAUGAGGAAAUAGUGACAAUUUUAAAUUAAAAAUGACUGAUAAAUCUUUGUCUGUCGAUAAUAAACCACAUGAAUUAAAAAUUGGUGCCAGUUUUGACCAGAAAUCAGGGGUAGCCUACCAUUCCAUAAGAUAUGAUUUCAAGCCAGCAUCUGUAGAUACAACUCAAGAAGCUCAAGUAGAUAUAGGUCAAGGUCACCAUGUGACGCUGACAGUGCCUCAUGUGGAAGGUUCAGGAAAGACACACACAGUAUACAAGGGCAACAAGAGACCAGUAUCUAAGGAAUGUGUACUGAUUAUUGAUCAUGACACUGGAACUUUCACCCUUGAACGGCUGAAAAAUAACAUCAAUGUUAAGAAGACAAGGAUGGAAGGGAGCAGUAAGGUUUCUUCUGCAGGGCGACCCUUGACCCCAGUUGAACCUCGACAGAAAAGUUCACCAGGAAAGACAAAACCUAGUCAAAGCCCAAGUGUUCAGCAUAAAGACCCUUCCCCACCCCCUCCACCACCCUCGAAUCCUGUAAAUGAGAGUCUUGUAGGAGAUAUAAGUGAUAGUUCUAGUGAUGACUUUUCCUCAGAUUCUGACAGCGAUGCUGAAAUUAAUACACUAGAUACAGGACGACCGCCAGUACCAAUGACAGCAACUCAACCGUCGGUGCCUCCACCACCACAAAAUACAAAUACUGACUCUAACGGAAUGAUUAGUAUGAUCAGUGCAGAUCUCCAACUGAGUGAUUCGGACAGUGACAGUGACUGAGGGAGGUUCAAUAGAAUUUUAUCUUGAUAAGCAGUUGCUAUAUACUGAACUAAAUUAACUUAUGGUGUGAAGUGACUCAGUCAGCUUGUAAAGAUAUCAACAUAAUUAUUGUCCUGGCAAUUCUUACCACGAAGAUAGUCUUUUGUUAUUUAUACAUAUAUGAGAAAAUAAUAUACAUUUCUAAUAACAUGCGAGAUAUUUGAAAAUUUAGAAAUACAGAAGGUACACAUUUCUUUUAUAUGGCAUAGUUAUUAUCUUUAGUGAUUCCAUGGUUACAAAGAUAACCGGUACACUGUCAUAGGAUAUUGUUAUUAAUGCUUAUGAUAUAGUAUGUACUAAGAUGUGUGUUAUAAGUUUACGAGUAAGGCAAUUCU